AUGGCCACAUCAGCCCCACUGCGGAGCCUAGAAGAGGAGGUGACCUGCUCCAUUUGCCUCGAUUAUCUGAGGGACCCUGUGACCAUUGACUGUGGCCACGUCUUCUGCCGCAGCUGCACCACUGACGUCCGCCCUGUGGCGGGGGGCCGCCCUGUUUGCCCACUUUGCAAGAAGCCUUUUAAGAAGGAGAAUAUUCGCCCCGUGUGGCAGCUGGCCAGUCUGGUGGAGAACAUCGAGCGACUGAAGGUAGACAAGGGCCGACAGCCGGGGGAGGGGCCCCGUGAGCAACAGGACGCCAAACUGUGUGAGCGGCACCAGGAAAAGCUACACUACUACUGCGAGGAUGAUGGGAAAUUGCUGUGUGUGAUGUGCCGGGAGUCCCGGGAGCACCGACCCCACACAGCUGUCCUCUUGGAGAAGGCUGCCCAGCCCCACAGGGAAAAAAUCCUGAACCACUUGACUACCCUCAGGAGAGACAGAGACAAAAUUCAGGGCUUCCAGACAAAGGGAGACGCUGAUAUCCUGGCGGCACUGAAGAAGCUCCAGGACCAGAGGCAGUGUGUCGUGGCUGAGUUUGAAAAGGGUCACCAGUUCCUGAGGGAGCGGGAGCAGCAUCUGCUGGACCAGCUGGAGAAGCUAGAGCAGGAGCUCACGGAGGGCAGGGAGAAGUACGAGGCUAGGGGUAUCGGGGAGCUCGCCCGGCUGGCAUUGGUCAUCUCUGAACUGGAGGGGAAGGCACAGCAGCCAGCUGCAGAGUUCAUGCAGGACGCCAAAGACUUCUUAAACAGGUAUCCACGCAAGAAGUUCUGGAUUGGGAAACCCAUUGCUCGGGUAGUUAAAAAAAGAACUGGAGAAUUCUCAGAUAAACUUCUCUCUCUGCAGCGAGGCCUGAGAGAAUUCCAAGGGAAGCUGUUAAGAGACCUGGAAUAUAAGACAGUGAGUGUCACUCUGGACCCACAGUCAGCCAGUGGGUACCUUUUGCUGUCGGAGGACUGGAAGUGCGUGACCUACAGCAACCUGUACCGGAGUAACUACCUGUACCCUCAGCAGUUUGACUGUGAACCUGGGGUGCUGGGCAGUAAGGGCUUCACUUGGGGCAAGGUUUACUGGGAAGUGGAGGUGGAGCGGGAGGGCUGGUCCGAGGAUGAAGAGGAGGGCAACGAGGAGGAAGAAGUGGAAGAAGAGGAAGAAGAAGAGGAGGCUGGUUAUGGGGAUGGAUAUGAUGAAUGGGAAACAACAGAUGAGGACGAGGAAUCAUUGGGGGAUGAAGAGGAAGAAGAGGAAGUAGAAGAGGAGGAAGUUCUGGAAAGCUGCAUGGUAGGGGUGGCCAGAGACUCUGUGAAGAGGAAGGGUGGCCUCUCCCUGCGGCCAGAGGAUGGGGUAUGGGCUCUGCGCCUCUCCUCUGCAGGCAUCUGGGCCAACACCAAUCCUGAGGCCGAGCUCUUCCCAGCCCUGCGGCCCCGAAGGGUGGGCAUUGCCCUGGAUUAUGAGGGGGGCACUGUGACUUUCACUAAUGCAGAGUCGCAGGAACUCAUCUACACCUUCACUGCCACCUUCACCCGCCGCCUAGUCCCAUUCCUGUGGCUCAAGUGGCCUGGAACACGGCUGCUGCUGAGACCGUGA